UGCCGCCGCCUGCGGGCCUUGGCCAUGGCGUCCCCGGCCAUCGGACAGCGUCCCUACCCGCUGCUCCUAGACCCGGAGCCGCCGCGGUAUCUGCAGAGCCUGGGUGGCACCGAGCCGCCGCCGCCCGCCCGGCCGCGCCGCUGCGUCCCCACGGCCCUGAUCCCCGCGUCCGGGGUGUUAGAGGGUCGCGGCGGCAGGAGGAGUGCCCGGGGGGACCCCGAGCCCACGUCCCGGGACUGCCGACACGCUCGCCCUGUCCGGCCCGGUCUGCAGCAGAGACUGCGGCGGCGACCUGGGUCGCACCGACCCCGCGACGUGAGGAGCAUCUUCGAGCAGCCGCAGGAUCCCCGCGUCUUGGCCGAGAGAGGCGAGGGGCACCGUUUCGCGGAACUGGCGCUGCCGGGCGGCCCCGGCUGGUGUGACCUGUGCGGACGAGAGGUGCUGCGGCAGGCGCUGCGCUGCGCUAAUUGUAAAUUCACCUGCCACCCAGAGUGCCGCAACCUGAUCCAGCUGGACUGCAGACAGAAGGAGGGCCCUGCCCUGGAUAGACACUCUCCAGAAAGCACCCUCACCACGACCUUCAACCAGAAUGUCUGUAAGGCAGUGGAGGAGACACAGCACCCGCCCACGAUACAGGAGAUCAAGCAGAAGAUUGACAGUUAUAACAGCCGGGAGAAGCACUGCCUGGGCAUGAAGUUGAGUGAAGAUGGCACCUACACAGGUUUUAUCAAAGUGCAUUUGAAACUCCGACGGCCAGUGACGGUGCCUGCGGGGAUCCGGCCCCAGUCCAUCUAUGACGCCAUUAAGGAAGUGAACCCUGCAGCCACCACAGACAAGCGGACAUCCUUCUACCUGCCACUUGAUGCCAUCAAGCAGCUACAUAUCAGCAGCACCACCACUGUCAGUGAGGUCAUCCAGGGGCUGCUCAAGAAAUUCAUGGUUGUGGACAACCCACAGAAGUUUGCACUUUUUAAGCAGAUACACAAAGAUGGACAAGUGCUCUUCCAGAAACUCUCCAUUGCUGACUGCCCUCUCUACCUUCGUCUGCUCGCUGGGCCUGACACUGAUGUUCUCAGCUUUGUGCUGAAGGAGAAUGAAACUGGAGAGGUGGAGUGGGAUGCCUUUUCCAUUCCUGAACUCCAGAACUUCUUAACUAUCCUGGAAAAAGAGGAGCAGGACAAGAUCCAUCAACUGCAGAAGAAGUACAACAAAUUCCGGCAGAAACUGGAAGAGGCGUUACGAGAGUCCCAAGGGAAGCCUGGAGAAAAGAGCGGGGCAUGUUUGCCUGAAGCUCUCCUGCUGGCUUGACCCUGGCAGGAAGUGGACAAUGGUGCUAUAGAGACAAGGACAGGAGGCUCCUCAGAGCACAGGGUGACAUCACACACCUCUUUCCCAUCAAGCUUCCUGAUCAGGCUUUGACUUUAUGAGAUUACUUAGACUGCAUUGACAGUGUCAGACUAUGACUCCAACUCGUGAGUAGUUCAAACUUAAAUUAGCCUACACCAACCAGGAGCCAGGACUGCAAAAGACACUCAAUAUGGAGACAGAAAAACUUUUCCGUUUAGAAGAAGGCCAGUGUUCCAAUGGAGCCUCCAGAGGAGACCACUUUCAUGUUGUGCUUGCCUUUCAACACCCUUUCCUCGGGUGGUUUUAAGCCCAAGCUUCUCCAUGUAGCCUAAAAUGUUCCCUCCCAGCCUAGGCUGAGGCCACACUGCUCCUGUCCCAGAAGAAUGCCAAAUCCCAUCACUCAAACUGCAUUGUUUUCAAAGCUGCAGAAGCAACACUAGCUAGUGACUCUGAGGUUGUGCACGUCAACCCUCUGGCUACCUGCCCUUACCCCGCUGGCUACCUGCCACCCGCCCCCCCCACCUGCCCUCACCCCCCUGGCUACC